AUGGCUCUUUCUAAAACCAACGCCAUUCCGCUAUGGAAGCCUUCCAACCCGGAAAUCGCCCCAAUCGACAUCUACCGCCGCCGCGUUAACGAGAAGUUUGGACUGCGCCUCCAAAACGCCCAGGAACUGCACAAAUGGAGCGUCACCGCCCCUCAAGAUUUCUGGACCGAUGUUUACGAUUUCGUCGGACUGAUUCCGGCGCUUCCCCCGUCCGUCAAGCGGGCGUAUGAUGACUCGGUGCCGUUGAGCGACGUUCCACUGUGGUUCGAGGGUGCAUCGAUCAACUUUGCGGAGAAUGUCCUGUGUAAUCCGGCUGUGGACCCGUCAAAAGUUGCGCUGAUCGGUUUAAGAGAGGGUCAGGACCUCGAGGGCGAGCAGCUCACAUGGUUCGAAUUGCGUGAACGGGUAAGGGUGGUACAAAGUGCUAUGCUUCGUAGCGGAAUCAAAGAAGGGGAUAUUGUUGCGGCUAUUGUCUCCACUUCUAAUUGGGCCGUCAUCCUCUUGCUCGCUUCUGCAAGCAUUGGGGCUAUCUUCUCUUGCAUUUCACCUGAUCUCGGUGUCGAGGGAUGUAUAUCAAGAUUGCAGCAGAUCUCGCCCAAGAUUUUGUUUGCGGACAGCGACUCGACAUACAAAGGUCGCCGGACGUCGGUGGCUCCCAAGGUCUCACAAAUCCUGGAAAAUCUAUCGUCUCCCCCUGAGACAUUCUUGAUUCCUAUUGCAUCCUCCCCGGAACCAUUUCCAGCCGUAGAAGAAUUUCUCUGGCGAUCAUCAGCGCUGGAUACACUAGAAUUCCGACCGCUGUCGUUCAAUAGUCCUAUGAUAAUUGUUUAUUCAAGUGGAACGACCGGAACCCCGAAAUGCAUCGUCCAUCGGCAAGGCAUGAUUCUGAAUCUGAGGAAAACAUCGAUCCUUCACAACUCGAUGAGCCCCCGUGAUGUUGUGAUGCAGUAUUCUUCCACAUCAUGGGUGGUAUUCUACGUGGUGGUCGGGCAACUGGCCACUGGUGCGACAUGUAUCUGCUACGACGGUUCACCUCUCUGGCCCGACCCGAUGAUCAUGAUGCGAAUCGUCGAACGCCACAAGGUCACCUACUUCGGCACCUCCCCCCGCUACCUCCUCGAGCUCGAGCAGUCCCAAACUAUCCCCCGCAACGCCUACAACCUCUCCCACCUCCGCAUGGUCUACAGCACCGGAUCCGCCCUCGGCGCCGAGCAGUACCGCUGGUUCUACACUGCCUUCCCCCCCUCCGUCCAGAUCUGCAACACCGCCGGCGGCACCGAGAUCGCCACGUCCCUCAUCGCCGCCGAUCCCAGCGGCACCGUGCACCUCGGCGAGAUGCAGAUGCUCGCGCUAGGCCACGAUAUCGAUAUCGUGGACCCGGAGAGCGGCGAGUCGAUCGCUCAUACGGGCGAGGCGGGCGAGAUGGUCAUCCGCAAGCCGUUCCCGUCCAUGCCGGUGUUCUUCUGGGGCGACAAAGGCAACGUGAUCUACCGCGCGAGCUAUUUCGAGAAGUUUGGGAAGAGGGUAUGGGCGCAGCAUGACUGGUUGCAGCGGAACCCGGCGACGGGUGGGUUGACGCUGAGCGGACGGAGCGACGGUGUGCUCAACCCAUCCGGCAUCCGCUUCGGCAGCGGUGAGAUCUACGCCAUCUCCGAAGGCCCGCUCUUCAACACCACUAUCGCCGAAACCCUCUGCGUCGGCCGCCGCCGCCCGCACGACACCGACGAAGAAGUGUUCCUCUUCGUGCGGAUGAACACGGGGCACGUCUUUACCCCCGAGCUGGCCACCCGGCUCAAGCAGACGAUCCGCGAGGGGUUAUCCGCGCGGCACGUGCCAAAGUACGUCGAGGAGGUGGCGCAGAUCCCAGUGACGAUUAACGGGAAGAAGGUGGAGGGUGCGAUCAAGCAGAUUAUUAGUGGGAAGAGCGUCAAGGCGAGCGCAACGGUGGCGAAUCCGGAGUCGUUCGAGCUGUAUAAGCGGUUUGUGGGGCUGGAGGUGAUGAGGCCGUCGAAAUUGUAG